AUGUUUGCAGUGAUGGAGAAGCUGGCAGGCUGGGUGUCCCUGGUUCUCUGUGUAUAUGGACUGAAAGCAGCGUUUGUGAACAGUACCUGUGUCUUUCCAUUUAUGUACGGCGAUGUGGUCUACCACCAGUGCAUCUCUGUCCACAGCAGUUAUGAUUGGUGUUCUCUUGACAAGAAAUUCCAAGGCAGGUGGCGGUAUUGCACUGGAAAGGAUCCCCCCGUGUGUGUCUUCCCUUUCUUCUUCAGAAAAAAACUCUUUCACAGAUGCACCAAGGAAGGCUAUAUAUUGAAUCGGAGUUGGUGUUCACUGACAAAAAAUUACAACGACGACAGAAAAUGGAAGCAGUGCUCUCCUUACCAGUAA